UCUUUUGCACUCAGAAGUAACAACUUGAUUUUUGCAUCAAUCCUUAAAUUAAUCACAUGUUUACUAACGUUUCUCCCUAAAAUUGAAAGAGGUGAAUGAAAAUGACUCUUAAUAUCCAUUUUGAUCGUCAAUCGUCUAUUAUAAUCUGUUUUUUUCUUUUUAACUGGUUUAGACUUUAUUUAACUGUGGAAAUGGACAUUGUUAAUAGAGAACCUGAGUGCUCAAAGCCAUUAGGUGAAUUAAAACCAGGACCUGAGAGGACAAUCUUUUACCAGUUACCAUGGACAGAAGAUGUGAUACCGAAACCUAGCUCAUCUCAAUCUUCAACACCAAUGCAAAUGGAAUACAUUUCAAUGCCUUUUAAUGGAAAGGUUUGGGCAGAAGUUAAAAAUUUGGCCUCUAAACAGAUCAGGACAUCUCAACAGUUGAUUGAUUCAAUUAAGUCUACAAAUCCAUCAUUGAAAAGGUUUUCUUUCAAUAUUUUAAAACAAGUUGUUGAUGAGAUGAAUGAAAGUGAACAGAAAAUAUUUUAUGAUGAAACUUUUCCUUUUAUUAUAUCAUCUGCUUUGGCAUUACCAGAUUUAAUUAUUCAACCUAUUCCAAUUUUAAAACAAAAGAUGAACCAUUCAUUGUUUUUUAGUCAACAGCAAUGUGCAUCAUUACUUGCAAAUGCAUUUUUGUGUACAUUCGAUAAACCAACUAAAUCCAAAUUGAACCAUUUUACAUUUACUGAGUUAUUUACAGUGAUGAGACCCGGAGCUACGAAACGUAAGUUGGAAAAGCUAAAAUGUAUUAUAAAUUAUUUUAGACGCCUAUCUAGAAACACACCAAAAGGUACAGUUACCUUUGAAAGGCGUUAUUUGGAGGCAAAGAAAACACCCGACUGGUCAUCAUCCGAGAGCAGCUUGAAAAGGUUAAUUGUUAAUAACAAUGGCUCGAUCGAGAAAGAUGGAAUCGGAAUGCUUCAAGUUGAUUUUGCCCAUAAAUUGAUUGGUGGAAAGGUUUUAACCUAUGGGAUGGUUCAAGAGGAAAUACGUUUUGUGGUUAGUCCAGAGUUGAUCGUCUCAAUGCUAUUCACUGAAACAAUGCUUGAAAAUGAAGCGAUACAUAUAAUUGGAACUGAACAGUUCAACGAUUAUGCAGGAUAUUCUGAUACUUUUUCUAUGGCAGGUGAUCAUUUUGAUUCAAGACCACUAGACGAAUGGGGUCGUCGUUUCACUAAGGUGGUUGCAAUGGAUGCUGUUUAUUUUGCUGUCGACAGAGUAAUAACGCAAUACAGUAAAAAAUAUCUAGACAGAGAAUUGACCAAGGCUUAUGUAGCUUUCAUGGAGAACGAUGAGAUUGAUGAGAAACACAGGAGUGCCAUAGCCACUGGUAAUUGGGGGUGUGGAGUUUAUCGAGGUGAUCCUCAGUUUAAAUCACUAAUACAAUUGAUUGCUGCAUCCAUGUGUCAUAGAGAUUUAGUUUAUUUUACUUUCAAAGAUAAACGAUUAUCCAAUUUUGAGAGUUUCAUCGCUGGUUUGGAAUCCGAAAAGAUCACUUCUGGUCAACUGUAUAAUGACCUUAUCGAGUAUGGCAAUUAUGUUUCAACGCUUGUUUCAAGACAAAAUAGAGAACAAGUAUUUGAUUAUCUUCAACGAAAGUUUAAGUCCAAAUGAGUCUUUGAAUGAUCAAAACUGUAAUCGUAUUUUUCAAUUAAAAAUUGCAUUCCUUCUAAUAAUCUAA